AGGAGGAGGAAGAGGCGGAAGAGGAGGAGUCUGGAGGAAGAGGAGGAGCGUGGAGCGAGGAGGAGGAAGCGAGAGGACGCGGCGCGCCCAGCGAGCUCAUCAGCCAUGGACGAACACGGCUCCCUUUGCUACGACAAGCACAGAGCCAGGCAGCCGGCAUGCCGUCGCGGCUUAUGACACGCUCGCCGGAGGAUCCUUCGCCCCGCGAAGAAACCGCUAAUUUAAACUCAAAACAUAAAAAAUAAGAAUCGCAACGUCGCGUCAAGCAUUAGCGGGCGGGCGGGGUGGGGGGGCAGAUAGUCGGGCCUAGCGCGCGCUUUACGGCGGUAACCGAAGCCUCGGGCUUGCCUAGCGAGACAGCCGGUGGAAUGGAGCCUCUCGCCGGCGGGGUUUAGCCGGCUCCCCCGGCCUCUCCCCCAUACUCCCUCCUCUUCCCCCCCCCACCCACCCAUAAUCACCGUCAACCCAUAACUAUGUGAUGUGCGGGCGAGGGUGAACUUAGGCAGCGGGGCUUGUGGAGCCGUCUCUCGUGUCGUUGAGGGUGGCGCAAAGCGGCGAUCGAGUGGAGUAAACAGGAAGCGACGACGGGUCUCGUACGGGAAGGGCAUUUGUUGUUGAGCAGCAUGGGUUGCCGUGGGCAGGGCCUCGGCCCAUGUGGCCCAUCUCCCCCUCAGAUUUCGACCGGUGCCAAUGGAUAAAGUGUCAACCCCUCACUCAUCUAUACAUAACCAUCCGUGCUGCGUGCUCAUUUUUGUUGUUGGGUUUUUGGGCUUUGUAUUUUGUGCGAAUUGGCGUUUCAUUUAGGGGGGGCGGGUUGGGUUUUUUUUGAUUGUCAGGUCGGUCCGUCGUUGUGUGGUUCAUUCCACCGAUUUUUUUUGGGUCGGUCCUGUACGUGGUACAUGUAACGACUGUGCUGUUGUCAUUCGCAUGUGGCCUUAACCCUGGGCGGUUGGCCCACACACACACAUUAUAUCGUGGUGGGGGGUAGGGGGUGAGAUGCAGGUGACAUGUAUUGGCGCUGCCAAACAUCUGGGUCGCACUGCUUCUGCUAUGCGAUUCUUUGCUGGAGGGGUUUAAUCAAGCAAAGUGCAGUGCUCCCCAACUUUUAAAAAGUCACCCACUGCACACACUUUCCUUGCGCCUGCUCUGUUUGGUGAAUUCACAAACACAAAUACAUAGCGGCGGGGGGGGGGGGCGUUAGUGAGUGAGAGGGGUUGACCAUCAAAAAGAGGGCGACUUUUAUUUUCUCCAUCGAAAACGGAAGAGCAAAAUAAGAAUCGAGGGCCCCUUCGCCAUAUGACAGGACAGGGCCACAGACAAGAGGAAGGGCGCUGAGGGAGGGAACGCAAAAUAUAAAAAAACAAGAGUGAAGAAUUAUAAGACAGAGGAGGGCAACUUCGACGGGGGCGGGCAGCAAUGGGUGACCCACAGUCCCGCCGCCACCACGCUCUCGGUCGCUUGCGGUCACAGCUGAGGCGCAAGAGGGAAUCUCUCGCCGACCAAUUUGACUUCAAGAUGUACAUCGCCUUCGUAUUCAGAGAUAAGAGGAAGAGGCCGGCGCUGUUUGAGGCCGGCGAAGUGAUGCCGGUGAUGACCAACAACUAUGAGGAGCUGAUCUUGAAGGGUGUGCGACAGGCCGACUACUCGCUGCAGAGCUCCCUAGAGCUGCUGAGCAAGGAUGUGGUGCAGCUACACGCACCGCGCUAUCAGUCACUGCGACGUGAUGUGAUCGGCAAUGUGCAGGAUAUGGAUUUCUUUCUAUGGCCACGCAAGGACAUAGAGAAGGUGGUUUGCCUCCUCUUUUCUCGCUGGAAGGGCUCAGACGAUCCAUAUAAGCUUAUUCAAGCCGAGUUUGAGUUUGACUACCAGGACUACGAACAGCAGCUGGUGCGGUUGCUUGGCCAAAAGGACAAGGCGGGUCUCGUUGUCAACAAUGACACGGAGUCUAUGUUCUUGUUCGUGCGCCGGCACGGACUCCCAAGUCAGAAGGGCAUGACUACGUCCGUGUUCAAGCUGUGCAGCAUCUGCCUGUACUUGCCGCAAGACCAGCUCACCCACUGGGGAGUGGGCAGUGUGGAUGACCACCUCAAGCCCUACCUCCCUGAUUAAAGCCUCUCCGCACUCACACUUAAACCUAUCGAUUGCUCUAAUUGUGGGCGAGCUCUGGAGCGUGGCGCAGAGUUCUGUACGCGAUGGGUUCACGUUGUAUGCGUGUGUGCGUGUUGAGCCAGUUGAGAUCGGAGCAGCACAACUUUUUAAUUUGAUUUGCUCCAAAUGUCAAACAUUGGAAGCUGCUGUAAGGGCCUUCCCAUAGCCAACGUGACAGCAUUCUUUGUGCAGUGCGGUCAGUCUGGAGUGUUAAGACUUUCCCUCGCCGCCUCGUACUGAUCAACCCUGCCUUCCCAGUGCAUCCCUUUGUUUCCACGUUUUUGUGUGCACACUGAGUUUCACUCCUCCCUUAUUAAAUAAGAUGGGUGAGUGUUUUAGGCCAGUAAAGCCAUGUUUCCAUGUGCAGACUUUCAAAAGUACAUUGGGCAGCACAGAUAUUGUUUUGACCCAACCUAAGGGCAAUACUUUGCCCCUCUGCUCCAUUCCAACUAACUUUAGGGACCCAGAUUGCAGGUCCCAACAUUAAAGUGAAAUGCUGGUGUAAUUUAUUGAACACCAGUCUGCACUAAAGGAUUUAACAUUGAAAUGCAAUCAAACUGGACGCCACAUCUCAUCUGUUUGCACAUGGAACUGGGAUUUAUGCAACGCGUGAAAGAUAUCCCAAAACCGCUACUACAGUAGAGCCUCGGUUCAAACGGAGUUUAACCAUUUAGUUUUAUAAGCAUUUUAAAUGAAAACCUCAAAUUGAUGCAUGUAACAACAGCUUGAUGUGUGCAUUUUUCGUAAGCAGGUAAUAAAUUCCACACUUUUCAUUACCUAUAAUUGAACAAAUACAAAUAGAAAUGUGUUGUAAAAUACUGAGGUUCUAUUGUAGUGGUUGUGGGUAUUUUGGUAGUUGUGUAUUGUGGAGUUCCACCAAAUGUUAUGAAAUGGGAGUCUGACCUGUGCCGGACUGAAUUUUGUUAGCUUCAGGUUAAGCAGCUCGGAAACGCAGAUGACAACUAAAAUACGAAUCCAUGUUGCUACAAUACAUGCAUCUUGUGCACGUUGCAUUGCUGCACUUGAUUUUGUUUUUAAGCGUGUUGAGCGCAACUUGCUGCAGAGGAUGAAAUACUGAGGCGGACUAGAGAAUGGAAAACUGUUGCCACAAAGUGCAUAUGUCAUGCAGAAGCAUUUCAUGGUGUUGGUUGACUCCCGAGGUCUUUUCAGGGCCUCGUGGAGGGGGAAAGAAAAUUUGCCCUAGGCCGCAAAAGAUAGCCCCAGACUUCAGACACGAGGGCCCCACGACAGGCCUGUGGAUGUGGAAUGAGUGGGCCCCACGUAGCGUGCUGUCUCCAGGAACCUCGGUGGCCCUGGGUCUCACUGAUUUGAACUCCUCGGGAGUGAUAUUAAUUUCCAUCUCGAUUUGUUCAUCUAAAUCUGUAAAACAGUUGUCACGCUGUGCGUCUGCUAGUGAACACCAAAAUAUUAACGUCUUAAUGUAGAAUUUAAUUUACCUGCGGUGUGGUUGAAAUUUUAUUUGUGCUUUUAAGCAUACUUGUGGCACGGGGUUUGAUUCUUUGGGCCGAUUAGAUUUUUAAGUUGAAUUUUCUUGUGUUGUAGUUUGAUAUUGCUUUUUAAGUUUGGGAUUUUUUUUCUUCUCGGUACAGCUCUCACGACUGGGCUUGUCAGAAUUCUAAAGCCUGUAUGCAGAGCGGGGAUUCAAAACUAUAACGCAUACAGAGGCAAGCUUUGAGGCUUAACAUACAUGAUACACCUGCUUUAAAGAGCAUAGUUUUAAUUAGGGAUCCCAAUUUCUGUGUAACGUUUGCACUAUGGUUAUGGGCACUGCAUCGUCAUGUCAGUCCAUUUAACCACCGCAUAAUCCAGCAAAGGCCCCUCUGUGGUACUUGCGUUGGGGAUAAUGAACAUACUUUUUUGUUAAAACGCUUCAGAGCUCGAAAUGUGAAAGAUCCAGUAUUGCCAGUUGAAAUGCCUCACCAUGGUCAUGCUAACACUGGUAUACAAAACACCAUUGUUAAAAUCUCGGCAACAUUCAAAUCAAUGGUAAAACAUGUAAAAUAAUUUACACUUGAUAUUAUGUUGCUACGAUUGUAACAGCUGUUGUGCAUUUAUUCAUAUGUUGUCAUUUUAUUAUUUAAAUUGUUGCCAUUACAAUGUUCCAAUCUUAAAAUUCAGAUUUGUUAUGUUGCGCGUGCAAUGUGUGUGCUUGCUCAAAUGCGUUUGAUUUGCUUGCAUUUGUAUGGCAAAAGGCUCUUGAUAAAAAUAAAGGUGAUAAGGUUAUCACUUGCAGGAAAAAUUA